CGCUGUGAUGCGUCUUCCUCUCGCCUCGGCUGCCAGUUUGGAUUGUAGCGCCCGGCUCCGUGCACUGCGAGGAUGGCUCGGUUUGGGGAUGAUCUGCCAACCCGCUAUGGAGGUGGAGGGCCGGCCGGGGCUGGAAGAGGGAGCAGCCGGCAAGGUGGCCCCCAAGCCGGCCAAAGGAUGUAUAAACAGACGAUGGCUCAGAGAGCCAGGACUAUGGCUCUCUACAACCCCAUCCCUGUCAAACAGAACUGCUUCACAGUCAACAGAUCCCUCUUCAUCUUCAGUGAAGAUAAUGUUAUACGGAAAUACGCCAAGCGAAUAACAGAGUGGCCUCCAUUUGAAUACAUGAUUUUAGCUACAAUCAUAGCCAAUUGUAUUGUGCUGGCUCUGGAACAACAUUUGCCGGAUGGAGACAAGACACCGAUGUCAGAGAGAUUGGAUGACACUGAGCCGUACUUUAUUGGAAUAUUUUGUUUUGAAGCUGGUAUCAAAAUCAUCGCUCUGGGCUUUGUUUUUCACAAAGGCUCUUACCUGCGCAACGGCUGGAACGUGAUGGAUUUUGUCGUGGUCCUCACAGGGAUUCUGGCCACUGCUGGGACUGAUUUUGACCUGCGGACCCUGCGAGCCGUGCGGGUGCUGCGGCCCCUGAAACUCGUGUCAGGAAUCCCAAGCCUGCAGGUUGUCCUCAAGUCCAUCAUGAAGGCCAUGGUGCCCUUGCUGCAGAUUGGGCUGCUCCUGUUCUUCGCCAUUGUGAUGUUUGCCAUCAUCGGGCUGGAGUUUUACAUGGGCAAGUUCCACAAAACCUGCUUUUCCAACGAGACAGGUGAGGAGGUGGGGGAUUUUCCCUGUGGAGAGGAGCCUCCUGCCAGGCAGUGUGAGAGCGGGACCACGUGCAGGGAGUACUGGCAGGGCCCCAACUAUGGCAUCACCAACUUUGACAACAUCCUCUUCGCCGUGCUCACUGUCUUCCAGUGCAUCACCAUGGAGGGCUGGACUGACAUCCUCUACAAUACGAACGACGCUGCAGGAAACACCUGGAAUUGGCUUUACUUCAUCCCUCUCAUCAUCAUUGGCUCUUUCUUCAUGCUCAACUUGGUGCUGGGUGUCCUAUCAGGUGAAUUUGCCAAGGAGCGGGAGCGGGUGGAGAACCGCCGGGCGUUCCUGAAGCUCCGCAGGCAGCAGCAGAUCGAGCGCGAGCUCAACGGCUACCUGGAGUGGAUCUUCAAAGCAGAGGAGGUGAUGCUGGCCGAGGAGGACAAGAACGCCGAAGAGAAGUCCCCUCUGGACGUGUUGAAAAGAGCCGCAAUAAAGAAGAGCAAAAAUGACCUGAUUCAUGCAGAAGAAGGUGAGGACCAUUUCACAGACAUUUGCUCCGUUGGGUCUCCCUUUGCCCGUGCCAGUUUGAAGAGUGGCAAGAACGAGAGCUCGUCCUACUUCAGGAGGAAGGAGAAGAUGUUCCGCUUCUUCAUCCGCCGCAUGGUGAAGGCCCAGAGCUUCUACUGGGUGGUGCUCUGCGUGGUGGCCCUCAACACCCUCUGUGUGGCCAUGGUGCACUAUGACCAGCCUGAGAAGCUGACCACUGCUCUCUAUUUCGCAGAGUUUGUUUUCCUGGGGCUGUUCCUCACUGAGAUGUCUCUGAAGAUGUAUGGGCUGGGGCCAAGGAAUUACUUCCACUCUUCAUUCAACUGCUUUGACUUUGGGGUGAUCGUGGGCAGCAUCUUUGAGGUCAUCUGGGCUGCAGUGAAGCCGGGCACCUCCUUUGGCAUCAGCGUCCUGCGCGCCCUGCGGCUGCUGAGGAUCUUCAAAGUCACCAAGUACUGGAAUUCCCUGAGGAAUCUGGUGGUCUCCUUGCUGAACUCCAUGAAGUCCAUCAUCAGUUUGCUUUUCCUGCUGUUCCUGUUCAUCGUGGUCUUUGCUCUGCUGGGGAUGCAGCUCUUUGGAGGGCAGUUCAAUUUCCAAGAUGAAACUCCAACCACGAAUUUCGAUACCUUCCCUGCUGCCAUCCUCACAGUCUUCCAGAUCCUGACAGGCGAGGACUGGAAUGCUGUGAUGUACCACGGGAUAGAGUCGCAGGGCGGCGUCCAUUCCGGAAUGUUCUCCUCCAUCUACUUCAUCGUGCUCACCCUGUUUGGGAACUAUACUCUCCUGAACGUCUUCUUGGCCAUCGCUGUGGACAACCUGGCCAACGCCCAGGAGCUGACCAAGGACGAGGAGGAGAUGGAGGAAGCCACCAACCAGAAGCUGGCCCUGCAGAAGGCCAAGGAGGUGGCAGAAGUGAGCCCCAUGUCAGCAGCCAACAUCUCCAUAGCUGCCAAGCAGCAGAAUUCCUCCAAAUCCAAGUCGGUUUGGGAGCAGAGGACGAGCCAGAUCCGGAUGCACAACUUCCGAGCCAGCUGCGAGGCGCUGUACAACGAGCUGGACCCCGAGGAGCGGGUCCGCUACGCCACCACCCUGCACAUCCGUCCCGACAUGAAAACCCACCUGGACCGGCCGCUGGUCGUGGAGCCCCGCGGCGAAGGCCGGAACAACCUCAGCAAGCUGAGCCCCGUGGAUGUCCAGGAGGUGGUGGAGCACCCCAAACCCACCUCUGCUGAUGGGGCAGAAGCGCCAAGGAAGCACCACCGGCAUCGGGAGAAGGAGAAGCUGGGAGAGCAGGAGAAGGGAGAUGUGACCAAGGAGGAGAGCGGCGAAGCCGGGGCCGGCACCAAGGAGGAGCGGCACCGGCAGCACCGGAGCCGCAGCAAGGAGGUGGAAGGGGGCAGCAAGGAAGGGAAAAGCGACCGUAGCAGGGGGCAGGAAGGGGGCAAGAGGCACCACCGGCGGGGCUCGGUGGAGGAAGGGGGUGAGAAGGAGCACCGCAGGCACCGCAGCCACCGGCACUCCUCCGACCGGCCGGGCAAGGAGGGCAACGGCACCGCCAACGGCGCCCGCGGCGAGCGGCGCUCCCGGCACCGCGGAGGGUCCCGCUCUGGGAACAGGGAUGGAGAGCCCGGGGCCAAGGGGGACAGCGGAGAGGAGCCCCACCGGCGGCACCGGCUCAGGAACAGGGCCCUGUCCACCUACGAGUCCGUGGAGAAGGACAGCGGAGAGAAGGAGGGGGAGGCUGGCGAGAAAGAGCACCGGAAUCACCAGCCCAAGGAGAACCAGUGUGAGCUGGAGGCCAGUGGCAGUGGCAGUGGCCCUGGCAGUGUCCCUGUGCACACCCUGCCCAGCACUUACCUGCAGAAGGUGCCUGAGCAGCCAGAGGAUGCUGACAACCAGAAGAACGUGACCAGGAUGAUUCAGCCCCCCCUGGACAAAACCACCACUGUGAACAUCCCUGUCACCAUCACUGCCCCUCCAGGGGAAACCACUGUCAUUCCAAUGAACAACGUGGAGUUUGAAAGCAAAACAGAGGAGAAGAAAGACGUCGAUGACCUGACCAAAAAUGGGCCUAAACCAAUCCUGCCUUACAGCUCCAUGUUCAUCCUCAGCCCCACAAACCCGAUCCGCCGCCUGUUCCACUACAUCGUCAACCUGCGCUACUUCGAGAUGGUGAUCCUGAUCGUCAUCGCCCUCAGCAGCAUCGCCCUGGCUGCAGAGGACCCUGUGCAGGCCGAGUCUCCCAGGAACGAUGCUCUGAAAUACCUGGAUUAUAUAUUUACAGGAGUCUUCACCUUUGAGAUGGUGAUCAAGAUGAUUGACUUGGGGCUGCUGCUCCACCCUGGCUCCUACUUCCGUGACCUGUGGAACAUCCUGGACUUCAUUGUGGUCAGUGGGGCCCUGGUGGCUUUUGCCUUCUCAGGAACCAAAGGCAAGGACAUCAACACCAUCAAGUCCCUGCGGGUCCUGCGUGUGCUCAGGCCUCUGAAGACCAUAAAACGUCUGCCAAAGCUAAAGGCUGUCUUUGACUGCGUGGUGAACUCCCUGAAGAAUGUCCUCAACAUCCUCAUUGUUUACAUGCUCUUCAUGUUCAUCUUCGCCGUCAUCGCCGUGCAGCUCUUCAAGGGCCGCUUCUUCUACUGCACAGACGAGUCCAAGGAGCUGGAGAAGGACUGCAGGGGUCAGUACCUCGAUUAUGAAAAAAAUGAGGUGGAGGCACAGCCGAGGGAAUGGAAAAAAUACGAGUUCCACUAUGACAACGUGCUCUGGGCUCUGCUCACGCUCUUCACCGUGUCCACAGGGGAAGGGUGGCCAACUGUGCUGAAGCACUCGGUGGAUGCCACCUACGAGGAACAGGGGCCCAGCCCUGGCUACAGGAUGGAAAUGUCCAUCUUUUACGUGGUGUAUUUUGUUGUCUUCCCUUUUUUCUUUGUCAACAUCUUUGUGGCGUUAAUCAUCAUCACCUUCCAGGAGCAAGGAGAUAAAGUGAUGUCAGAGUGCAGCCUCGAGAAAAACGAGAGGGCCUGCAUAGACUUUGCCAUAAGUGCCAAGCCCCUGACCCGCUACAUGCCUCAGAACAAGCAAUCCUUCCAGUACAAGAUGUGGAAAUUCGUGGUGUCCCCUCCCUUUGAGUACUUUAUCAUGGUCAUGAUUGCUCUCAACACCAUUGUCCUCAUGAUGAAGUUCUAUGAUGCUCCAGAAGCAUACGAAGAAAUGCUGAAAUGCCUGAAUAUUGUGUUUACAUCCAUGUUUUCCAUGGAAUGUGUGCUGAAGAUCAUUGCCUUUGGUGUGCUGAAUUAUUUCCGAGAUGCCUGGAAUGUCUUUGAUUUUGUAACAGUGUUGGGAAGUAUUACUGAUAUUUUAGUAACAGAGAUUGCGGUAAGUACAGACAACUUCAUCAACCUCAGCUUCCUGCGGCUCUUCCGGGCAGCCAGGCUCAUCAAGCUCCUCCGCCAGGGCUACACCAUCCGCAUCCUGCUCUGGACAUUCGUGCAGUCCUUCAAGGCUUUGCCUUAUGUGUGUCUCCUCAUCGCAAUGCUCUUCUUCAUCUAUGCCAUUAUUGGCAUGCAGGUUUUUGGGAACAUUGCCUUAGAUGAUGAGACCUCCAUUAAUCGGCACAACAACUUCCGCACCUUCCUCCAAGCCCUGAUGCUCCUGUUCAGGAGCGCUACAGGGGAAGCCUGGCACGAGAUCAUGUUGUCCUGCUUGAGCAACAGAGCCUGUGACCCCCUCUCUGGCCUCACCAAAAAGGAAUGUGGCAGUGAUUUUGCCUAUUUCUACUUUGUGUCGUUCAUUUUCCUCUGCUCCUUCCUGAUGCUGAACCUGUUCGUGGCAGUGAUCAUGGACAAUUUCGAGUACCUGACCCGGGACUCCUCCAUCCUCGGCCCGCACCACCUGGACGAGUUCGUGCGGGUGUGGGCGGAGUACGACCCGGCAGCCUGCGGGCGCAUCAGUUACACAGACAUGUAUGAGAUGCUGAGACACAUGUCCCCACCUCUAGGCCUUGGGAAGAAAUGCCCAGCUCGUGUUGCCUAUAAGCGCCUGGUGAGGAUGAACAUGCCCAUCUCUCCUGAGGAUUUAACUGUGCACUUCACCUCCACGCUGAUGGCCCUGAUCCGCACAGCCCUGGAGAUCAAACUGGCCUCAGGAGGUGUGAAGCAGCACCAGUGUGAUGCUGAGCUGAGGAAGGAGAUCUCGCUGGUCUGGCCCAACCUGUCCCAGAAGACUCUGGAUUUGCUGGUGCCUCCUCACAAACCUGAUGAAAUGACUGUGGGGAAGGUCUACGCAGCCCUGAUGAUAUUUGACUUCUACAAGCAGAAUAAGAACAGCAGGGAGCAAGUCCAGCCCCCCGGGGGCCUGUGCCAGCCCGGGCCAGUGUCCCUGUUCCACCCCUUGAAGGCCACCCUGGAGCAGACGCAGCCCGCGGCCUUCAGCAACGCCAAGGCCUUCCUGCGCCAGAAGAGCUCGGCCUCCCUCAACAACGGGGGAGCCCUGCCACCCCCAGAGGGAGGGAUCAGAGAGUCCAGUUCUUGGGGGACCCAGCGCACCCAGGAUGUGUUUUAUGAAACCAGGAGCCCAGCUUUUGAGCGAGGCCACUCCGAGGAGAUCCCCAUUGAGAGGGUGAGCAGAUGGGGGAAAGGGGGAGGAGCAGGUUUUAGAGCUGUGGUGGUAGAAAUGAAGGAGAUCAGCCCCACAGUUGCCAACGGAGAGCCCCAGCCAGGCCUGGAGAGCCAGGGCCGUGCAGCCUCCAUGCCACGCCUGGCUGCUGAAACCCAGCCCAUCCCGGACACGAGCCCCAUGAAGCGCUCGGUCUCCACGCUGGCCCCGCAGCGCCCUCACGCCAUGCACCUCUACGAGUACUCCCUGGAGCGCAUGCCACCAGAGCAGGGCCACCACCACCACCACCACCGCUGCCACCGGCGCAAAGACAAGAAGCAGAAGUCCUUGGAUAGGGCCGCCCAUCGCAUGGCUGAUGGACAAGCUGUAGCCCAGUCUGGAGAGUCUUCUUCCAAGGACAAGAAGCAGGAGCGUGGUCGCUCCCAGGAGAGGAAGCAGCACUCCUCCUCCUCCUCCGAAAAGCAGCGCUUCUACUCCUGCGACCGCUACGGCAGCCGGGACCGUGCCCAGCCCAAAUCUGCUGACCAGAGCAGGCCCACCUCGCCCAACGGGGGCCCAGAGCACGGCCCACACAGACAGGGCAGUGGUUCAGUUAAUGGGAGCCCCUUGCUGUCGACAUCUGGUGCUAGUACCCCCUGCCGGGGUCGGAGGCAGCUCCCACAGACUCCACUGACCCCACGCCCCAGCAUCACUUACAAGACCGCUAACUCCUCGCCCGUGCACUUCACCACUUUCCAAACCCCCACGUUCUCCCCGGGCCGCCUGAGCCGCGGGCUGUCCGAGCACAACGCGCUGCUGCGGGGGGAGCAGCAGCCGCCCCCGCCCGCCGUGGCCCGCAUCGCCCGCAGCGCGCCGCGCCGGAGGACACGCUCACCUUCGAGGAGGCCGUGGCCACCAACUCGGGCCGCUCCUCAAGGACUUCCUACGUCUCCUCCCUGA